UAUACCUUAGAUGCAAAAUAAACAAUGGAUUAUGAAAUUCACAAGAUGAACCAACCAAAAACUGACAUAUUUUCUAACAAAUUCUUAGCAAGGCAAUCAACGGCAGGCUCUAGCUCUUCCAGAUUCUUCUAUGGAGUCUCCGGAGCCGUGCCUUUUGAGUGGGAGACACGGCCAGGAAAGCCCAUAAAACCACCAACGGAAGACGUCUUACCGCCCCUAAGUCCACCACCGGCUGUGCUAGCAAUGAGCCUACCAAAGCCAUGCGUCAACGUAGACGAUGAACCUAAAGCUCAAAGGUGGUCUAAAGCAUGGCUUAUGAAGAAAUUUAAAAAAACCGUUGCUAGUCAUCAUAAAGUUGUUGGAAUUCCUAGGAAAAUGUUCACAAAAAAACAACAAUAUCAACAACAUAGUCAUGAUCAACAACAAUAUCAACAACAACAUUAUGAUCAACAACGACAGAGUUUCGAGUUUGAAAGGUAUGACAUAUGUGAAUUAAGUCGUUGUUAUUCGAGUUCAUCAUCGUUCGUAUCCACAUUGACAUCUUCAUCUACUAAUUCGUUUAGUGAUCAUAAUGAUAAGAUUUCUAGUAAUGUUAAUGUUCAAAGUAAGGCUUUGUUACGUAGGAGGCCUUUUAAUUGUAACCCUAGAGGGUUUAAUGACUUUAUUGUAUAUUUUAUGAAAAGAGUUUAAUAUUUUGAUUAUGCUUAA